AUGAGGAGAGAUCAUCCAGUCUCGCGGCCAAACAGAGAGCGACAACAACCCUAUGUUUGGACACCCACUCCCUUUUUUCGCAAUGAAGACAGCCCGUCCAGGCCGAGAUCAGGAAUUCACAGGAACAAUAGAGGUAUGCCUCCCUUGUUAUCUGCUCACAAUUUUUCUGUUUCACCUACAGAAGUGGUCUACGGCCUUGAGAAGUUUGGAACGAAGGUAAAAUGGCUGCCAAAGUUGAGAUCCGACCCCAACACCAGGAAAUUCGACGCCCUCUACGAAUUCCAUGAAGAAUGCGGAGAAAAAAAGAAGGAUUGCAUCGCCCUACGACUAGAGGUGGUGAACCUACUACAGCGAGGGCACCUCAAAGAAAUGCUCAGUGACAAAGGCAGAAACACCUUAGCAAUGGGACGCGAACGUCAGGGCCUGCCAAAACCACAUUCGCUAGCUUGUACCAUCAAUAUGAUUAUUAGUGGUUGCGAAGAUGCCACCAUAAACGGCAUUAAAUUCACCGCCACCCACAAGCUCAAAAGAUUAAUUACCCACGAACAGUAUGACAGACUCGAAGAGCGUAUCAUCUUCGACGAGUCAGAUGCUGAUGGUUUGACUUUCCCUCACAAUGAUGCCCUUGUCAUUACUUUACGAAUUUUAGAUACCCAUGUUAAAAGAAACUUGGUAGAUGAUAGAAGUGGAGUGUGCAUCAUCCACCCUCGAGUCCUCGCCCAAAUGAUACUUGAGGAUAAGAUAGUGCUGCGCUGCAUCCCACUAACCAGUUUUAACAAUGCAGUUGAACAAACUUCGGGAGAAAUUACACUCCCCGUCCUCGGCAGUAGGGUAACUCUAGAGAUAAUGUUCCACAUCAUGGACCACGCCACCGCGUAA